AUGAAUCACCGUUGCCUGAACCAGGACGGCUCUACCGUCACAGUCGACAUCUCUUCGCUUGCAACCAUGGCCAAGGACAUCGACGACUUGAGGCUCCUCCGACAGUGCAUGGACUUCUCACGCAUCGUGAAGCACACAACCGGUGUGACUGUCCUUCUCACUGCCGAGAGCUACCAGAUCCUUUCAGGCCAGCUUGUGGCGGAGGACCGCAAGGUAGACCUCCUGGAGUCGCUGACUGCUCAACAGCGCCGACUAGAGGACGCGCUGAUCGGCCGUGCACGGCCGCUGACACUGUGGGACGAAAGCCCACGGGUGGCUUGCCGUAUCCGCAGAUGCAGUCGAGUGAGCUAG